AUGCAGAAUCUCUUCAGCAACCUCAAAAGGAAGCACUCUCUAGAUGGCGGUAGCCCGGAUGAACGAGAUGCGAAGCAUACAAAGCACAACUCUUCAAGCUCGCAAAAGUUAGCCAACCUCCUAGGUGCUUUGGACGAUGCUUUGCAGGAAGAUGGCAUGGACGAAAUCUUGAGUCUGGUUGACGAUGAAUCAAUCCAAAGAUGUUUAGAUGUUCGAAGCUCUCUUUCGAAACACAAAUCCAAGAUAGACACCACAGCUAUCAAUACUCCGCCUGCUUCGCAACCUCAGCCCAAGAAGUCACAUGAUGACUUCUGGAAUCUCCCUAAGACGAUGUCGCCAUUCUCAAUCACGCCUUGGAAGUCAUCACAGAUACCUCUGACUCUUCCGCCACUCCCAGAAGUCUUAGAUCCAACGCUUGAACAAUCGGCAUUUGUCCAUCUUGGCGUUGGAAGUGGAAAGGCAACGGACCUAAGCUACGAACGUCUCGAAUGGGUCGGCGACGCCUAUGUCUACCUCAUAUCCACACUUCUGAUUUCACAAACCUUCCCUUCUUUCACCCCCGGAAAGUGCUCUCAGCUACGGGAAAGACUCGUCAAAAACCUCACGUUAGCUGAUUACUCAAGACGAUACGGCUUCGAUAAGCGCGCUAAACUCCCAGACCAUCUUUACACUGCAGGCAAGGACCAAGAGAGAACGAAAGUCAUGGGCGAUAUUUUCGAGUCCUACGUUGCGGCAGUGGUGCUUUCAGAUCCAGCGGACGGGGUGAGACGAGUCUCGGAAUGGCUGAAGGAUAUCUGGGGAAUGACUCUUGCGAAGGAUAUUCUACAAGAGGAGCGGAACGGCCUGCUAUUGGAUAGUCCUCUUUGGAGGUUACGAGGGAAGGCCGAACCGGUCCAACAGAUCAUCAACAAAUCGCAACCCGCACCUCUCAAUCCCAAAGAGCAACUUGCGAAGCUUUUAGGCUCAAAGGGAGUCCAGAUAAUCUACAAAGAUGCGGCACCCGAAAAGAAGGAUCCCAAGAACAAGCUGGCGCUGUUUACCAUUGGAGUGUACCUGACCGGAUGGGGAGAGAAAGACAAGAUGCUUGGAUCUGGGAGGGCAAAUGGCAAGAAAGAUGCUGGUAUGAAGGCUGCGGAGAUGGCAUUGGCCAACAAGAAGAUAAUGAAGAUGUACAUAGACAAGAAGAGAGUCUUUGACGAGCAGAUGGAGCUGGAGAGAGCUGCCAUGGAAAAGCAUGGAAGCUCGUGA